UACAUGCAUGAUUAACUUGAAUUUCGAGAGUGAUAUCGGCUUUCUGUAUUUAUGUAGAAGCUGACAAUGUAGGCCAUCCAUUCCAGAGUAGCAAAAUUCCCACAAAAAAUAAAAAAUCUCUUUAUUUAUCAUCUAUAAAACAAAUCUCCUCUAAUUCUUUCUUGUCAUUCUGUUGACGGAUUCCCAAAAUAGAAAACUGAAAUUAACAACCUUUAGCCAUAGAACACCAAUAACUUAUCCUCCAAGAAAGGAAAAACCAGAAAAAGGUUUUUAAGAAAAAAACCAAAAUCACAGAGCUCACAUAACCUUCAUAUCAAAACCCAAAAUCACAUAGCUCAUAUAACCUUGAUCUCUCUCUCUCUCUCUCUCUCUCUCUCUCUCCGGAAACCUGCUUUCCUGUUUCAAAAAGAAAAAAAAAAAGACAGUUUGGCUUGUAAGCUUUGUCAAACCUUUCUUCAUCUUCUGAGGCUCGAGGUUUUUAAUUAGGCGGGUUGAGUCGGAGCGGUCUUGAAUGAUCUUUGCAUAAUGAUCAUAUGUAUUCAUUCGAUUGCCGACUUGAAUGAAAUAGGCGGGCUUUGUUGUUUCGGCACCGACCACGGCCGGGGCAAAUGAGAUUGGAGAACAGAAGUGGAGGAUAUUCUAUCACAGCACAUGCGCAUUGGGGUCGAAGAUGAUGGAGAUAGGGAGGUGGAGCACGUGGGAUGAACUUUUGCUCGGAGGCGCCGUGCUCCGGCACGGGACCGGAGAUUGGGACCGGGUCGCAUCGGAGCUGCGAGCCCGAAUCGUUUGGCCGUGUGAAAUCACCCCUAAGGUUUGCAAAGCCAAGUAUGAGGACCUGCAACGGCGAUUCUCGGGGCGCACAGCUUGGUUCGAAGAAUUACGAGAACAACGAAUCGCGGAGUUGAGGCGAGCCUUAGAGCAAUCUGAAAGCUCCAUUGGGACUCUGGAAUUGAAGAUCGAAUAUCUCAAGGCAGAGAGCGGACCUUAUUCCAAUGUCGAUUAUGACUCCAGCCGGACAGUAUCGGUUGUACCAGUUCAGAACUCAUAUGGAGCUAAAUCAUAUCGAAGGCAGACACUGGAAGGUGCGCUCUCAGAUAGCCUCACUCAAGAAGUCUCUGCUAACUCCUCAUCAGAUGGUCGCGUUCAGCUUUCACUUUCAGCUGACGAGAAGAAGACUAAGCCUGGUAUUCCCAAGUCGUCUAAGCGAGACAAGGAUCGCAAGAUCGAUAUGAAGCUUCAGGAGCUAUGCAGAGGUCAAGGUGGCUUCCUUAAGAAGAAGAGAGGCCUGAGAAAAAGGAAGAAUUGUGUCGUGCAAAUCAAAGAAGGGAGUGUAGGAGAAAGCCAAUUCAUGGGCCCGGCCGAUGUUUCGACGGAUUCUCAGAGUCGUAGAGGUCGGAGGAAGGAGACCGUCAACGAUCUGAUGAGGAUCUACGAUUCUGUCGUGGAGCACAAGAGCGCCAACAUAUUCUAUCGCCGACUUAAUUGCCAGAAGAGAGGAAGAUACAAGAGAUUGAUCCGCCAACACAUGGAUUUUCACACCAUAAGAUCAAGAAUAACGGGCCUCACCGUAACGUCUUCCACUGAAGUAUUCCGAGAUCUUUUGCUCCUCGCGAACAACUCAUUGGUCUUCUACUCCAGAAGGACAAGGGAGCACAAGUCUGCGUUACUCCUGAGAGACAUUGUCACCCAAAAGCUGAGGCAACACUACAAAGGAUCCAAUUUCGUCCACACCGAAACUCCGGUCAGGCCUCGAAGCACCGUUCGUCGCGGGGCGCACAAAUUGCCCCCGAGGGCUUCGAAUGCCAAUAACACGGUUUGGACAGCAUCAAUAGGAAGCAAGAGUGCAGGCAACUCCGACUCCUCGCCAUCGGCGGAGUCUUCGGCUAUUGGCAAGAGAAGUUCGAUCACGAAUUGGCGGCGAAAACGUAAAAAUACAAGUGAUGCCCCGAGAGCUGUGAGGUCUAAUAGGGGAAGAAAGAGAGUCAGGACAAGGUGAACAAGUACAUGUAAAAUAGUUUCUUCUUUAGUAUGAUGGACUUAGAUGCAAAUAUUUGUAGGUUCAGGGUCUUUUUGUAGUACAUGUAUUAUGCUUCUUUCGUCUCCUGUUAUUUUGGGUUCCUAAUCCAAUUGGAACAAUAGGCUUUAACGUUGCUGUUGAUGUACAUUCAUGUAAGUCUUCCUUGGAAAAGCAAACUCUAUUUAUGUCAUUUUGAUAAA